AAAGGCAUGAGGCUAGCACUCUAUUCUGUAUUGUUACAUUCUUUUUAAAUAUUCUUGUUCUCUGUGGUUUGGCUGCUGGGCUCCGGCCCUGUUUGCAGAAGGACUGGCAGAAAAGUGAGGUGAACCAAGCGAGCCAAGCCUCUGCUCCAGAAGCUACACCGUGUUGGUGUGUGGGUCAGUUUAGGAUAGCAGCUCAAAGUAUGGAAAAUCGUUCCUAUUGCACAUUUUACCUUCUCACCUACUGUAGCUUCCUGUGUUUGUUCUGACUGUACAUGUGGUUACUAAGAAGAGGUUUAGGAGCAGAGACUUCCGGAGUUCUCUCCAGAAUGGACUUCUUUGUGUUGUCUAGUUAACGAGAUCAAGCCAGGGAUAAUCAAGAGUAUUAGCAGAGUUUCCACACCUACUGCUGGCCUGACUGACACAGACGUUUGGCACAUAUUCACUCUCGACAGGACAACAUCAACAUCCUUCUUAAGGCUUGUGCCUGGACUUAAAGAAGCCCUUCUUUUUCAUCCUGGGGACCUGCAGGACAUAUACACAAGUGCAACUGUCAGGCACUUGAAGAUUACGCUUCUCAACGGGGCAGUGUAAGAGACAGCGCCAUUGGAGACGGCUGGUACUUUAAAAGACACAAGCUCUACCCACUACAGGCUGCAAAGCAAAGAGAGGACUCAUUGGACUGCUUGAACUCACUUGACUCUGGGACUUGCAGAAAAUCCCCAAGAUACCCCAAGACUCAAAAACAGCACUAAGUGCUGUCUCAGUUACCCUGAAACAGAGCUGGUUUUCAUGAUGGCAGAAAGCAAGGAGUAUCGCCGUUCGCUGGUGGUCACUCCAAAGGCCAACACUCAGUUCAACCAGUUCCUGCCAAGCAAAGAAAAGCAGACGGGCUACGUUCCAGCACCACUACGCAAGAAGCGCUCUGACUAUCGCACUGAUGAAAACAGACGCAGCUGGGCCAGUCCCAUGUUUACAGAGGAGGAUGGAUCUUUCUCUCGGAUAGGCACAGGCUCGUCCUCCAUCAAUGAACUAGGCACUCAAAGUUCUACACAAGUUGCCUGGCCGUUCGGGUAUGAGAGCAGUGAUUCAGAGGCAGACCGUCCAGACCCUGACCUCCUCCUUGAUGAUUUGGCCAGCCGCCGGUUUCACACCCCAUCUGUCAUCACUCCCACCAACUUUGCAUUACCCAUGACCUCAGGGGAUUCCACCACUAUGCCCCAAACCACCAGGCCAAAGGUUAUGCUUACUAAUGUGCCCCGACCAACGUUGACCUAUCUCAGCAGUGAAACUAGACCUCCUCAGAAGGCUGCUAGGAGGUCUGCAUCUGCUGAUGUCUACAUGUAUGAUGACUCGGCGGAAGAAGAUGAUGAGAUUGGUUAUGCUGAUCCUGUUCAGGAUGACCUUUAUGCUCGUAAAGUGGGCCUGACAGUAUCCCAGCCCAUUUCCACUGUACACCAUGAUAAAUUUCUCCCAAAGUUCUGGACACCAGAGGAAGACAUACAUGUGCAGAAAAUCAGACUGGGCUCUCAGCGUCGGCCCUGGUACAGAAAGAUCCAGGGUUUCAGUCAGAAGAAGUCUGGCUCAUCCUCAGAGGACUCCGACUGUGAUGUCAGUCCCCGGCACUGUGUGUCCUCUCCCUCUCAUUCUGAACCCACUUCCUUACACGCACAAACUUCACAGCUCAGUCCCAUCACUCCCAGUCCUACCACACAGCCACUCAUGCUCAUGCAACAGACUUCUGGAGCCCAAAGGUUUCAGCUCCCUGAUUUCUGGCCCAGGCCAGACCCCACCUCAGGUCCAAGACUUAUUAAGUGCAAGAGACACCCAUUAUUAGGGCGGGAGCACCCUAACGACCCCUACAAUGUUUCUGAGGACAUUCUCCCUGACUUGGACAAUGAUGACAUGUUUAGCCGCCGCACAUGUGCCUUCAACUCUAACACUGAGCUGGCCAGGAUGAAAUAUGGGGGUCUACUUACCUCACAUCACAGGUCUGAGCCAUCUAUCAGAGUGGUUACUCAGCACAACGAUGGCAAAUCUACUUACCCUGACAUUGAGAAAGACGAUGUGCUCACCCGCCGGUUACAGCAUCAUUCUACGCUGCACCCUCUUUCAGGAGCACCUAAUAACUAUCAUCCUGUGCCUAUUCCUGAGUCCUGGGCCCUGCCACAGAAACUUCAGGCCAAGAUAUCUGCCCCAUGCCCACCAAUACAGGUGGCUGCCCAGGUGUGUGCAAAACAGAAGGGGGAUGCACACCGAAAAACAGAUGAUAUGCUAGUUAGGAAGUUUGGAAUUGUACAUGUCCAGAAUCCCACUGAGGUAUCUCAGAGGUCAUUUGGAACUCAAACAGGCCCAAGUGUGCCCUCAUCCUGCAGCGAGGAGGAUCUCCAAAAAUGGCAUGCCAUCAGAGAGGCCAGUCGCCUAAGAUAUAAGAAGAGGCUGAUGGUGGAGAGACUCAUGCAAAAGAACUCAGAGACUGAUGGGUCUGUUUCAUUGAGUGAUAUCCCUGUUGAGCAGGCAGUCCAAAGUGUACGCUAUGAGGAGCUGAAGAAGUUCCGUGAGAAUUUGAAGGAAAGUGAAGACAAGUGGCAGGAUGAUCUCAAUAAAUGGAAAAGCAGGCGCAGGAGUGUUAACUCGGAUAUCAUGAAGAAGAAAGAAGAGCGAGAACAGAUCGAGACACUUACUAUAGGAAGCAGCACGAGGAAAUCAAAGACCUUCAAGGAAAUGGAAGAGGAGAGGGAAAGCCAAACACCGGGCUUCAGGAGUCGCUUUGCAACCUUCUCCACUUCUGAAGACCAGGAUGUCUUUGAUGAACCAACACCCAAGACCAGGGUUUUACCAAGCCGCAGCAUGACCAUUGAUACUCCCUUCUCCCUGAGGCAAUAUAAAGGGGGCUCUCUGCCCAGUUUGGCAGAUGAUGAACCUGAGGCUGGCAGCCUGGUAUCCGAUGAGGUAGAUGCUCCAUCUAGUCCUGUCCCAUCCAGCUUAGGGAGCACUCUAAAUACAAGUCAAGGAAAACAAACUAGCAUCUCCAGCAGCCACAACCUUCUGGAUGAUCCAGUUCCAACCAAUGUCACCAGCAAACCCAGUCUACUAGUGCCCAUCAACACCACUCAGUCAAGUCGCACCAGCACCAUCUUCAGCAAUCCUCCACUGGAAGCCAACAGCAGCUCAAAACCAAUUACAAAAUCCAGCAACUUUGUUAGCCCUGUGCCUGCACCUAGGCAAUUCCAAAGCCAGCCUUCACUGCAUAAACCGGUCUCAGCAGCAACCAAACAACCCAUUGCACCUCAGGUUUCUGCCUCACUUCCCAGGAGCUACCAGAAAUCAGAUAGUGCACGGAUCACUUCUGUCGUCACUCCCAGACCUUUUGGUGCCCCAAGCACCAAAAUUACCUCCUUGCCACGUGCCUAUACGGUGGAUGACUCUCGGAAGCGCUUUAAUGGUGAGACAAACAGUAGUAAGCAAACUACAGUUCCUAGCCGUUAUGCACCAUUUGUUAAAGAAGAUGAGGUUAAUUCCCAGACCAGUUCUGUUCAAAGCAGUAGUGAGGAUACAGGGGAGGAAGAGGAGCAAGUGGUUCCCCCUCCUCAGACUUCCUCAUCUGUCACUCCAGUCAGCCGUGUAGCCCCACAACCCAAAGCAGUGUCUCUUUUAAAUAGCUCACAGCAGGAAAACUACAGUGAAAUGAGGAUCAGCCUGAACCAGAAACCCAAGAGCAGUCAUGACUUUGGCUUCCAGACUAACUGGGACUCCAUGGGGGCUGUUGUUAAAUCUUUACAACCAGGUAGUCAAGCAGAGCUGUGCCACCUGCAGGUCGGGGAUCAGAUCUUGGCAGUUAAUGGGCAGAAGGUGGCAGACAUGAGCUACGAGCAGUGGAAAAGGAACAUGGAUGAAGCCCUGCAGCAGGGUAGCCUGUUUAUGGACAUUCGCAGACAGGGAAAGAACAAUUGGGGCAAAGACCUACCUUCCCUAUCAUAUAAAAGCCAUAAGGUCAUCAAUCUCACCAGUGCGGAUCCUCUAGGUUCCCCUGAGCCAAAUGCCAACAUGAGCUUGGACUUCACCUCACGCCCAGCCAUGGAUCCCACUGUGAAAUCUCUGAAUGUCCGCUCCCAGCCUGUCAAUAGUCUGCCUUCCAAUGGCAUUAAUGGUGGAACUAAUGAGGAACCUGUGAUUCUGAGAAACAAAGAACCCAUUUCUUUAAAAAACCUUAAAAGGAGAUCGGAGUUUUUUGAACAAGGUGGAUCUGAAAAUCAAAUACCAGAUCUACCAGUUCCCUCUCUGUCAGCCUCCUCUACUCGCUGGUCCUGGGACCCAGAGGAAGAGCGCAGGCGACAGGAGAAAUGGCAAAAAGAGCAAGAGCGCCAGCUCCAGGAAAAGUAUCGACGAGAUCAAGAAAAGCUAGAGGAGGAGUUUAGAAAAGCCCAGCAAGAGGCUGUAACAGAAGGCACAAAACAAUAUCAAGAGGAGUUGAGGAGCCUUGAGCUGGAGAAGGAGGCUUCAAGACUGGCCCUCAAAGAGGAGGAGGAGAGGAGGAGGAGAGAGGAGGAGAGGAAAAGAAAGGAGGAACAAGAGCACCUUGAGGAGGAGAGGAAAAUAAAGGAGGACCUGGAGCGCCUUGAGGAGGACAGGAAAAGAAGGGAAGAGCAGAAAAAGAGGAUAGAACAGAAACGCCUGGAAGAGCAGAGAAAGAAGGAGGAAGAGGAGCAUAAACAAUGGGAGGAGGAAAACCGAAGGAGAGAGGAAGAUGCACAGAGACUGCAGAGGAAAAGAGAGGAAGAUGAGGAGAGGAGGCGCCAAGAGGCCCAUCAAAGACUUCAGGCAAAUGUUGUGGAGUAUACUUUUCCUGAGCUAUCCUACUCACACAGGGCCAAGUCCAAAUCUACUCCAGAGCUGGAUGACAAUGACAAAAAUGAUAUUAAAGGUGUGUAUAGCAAGCACAGGGGCCUGGCAGGUUGGCUUCUGGAGGAAGAGUUACGAAGGAAGAAAGAUCCUCAUAUCCUGAGACAUCAGGCUGCAUCUGAGCUGGAACUAGAGAGGAGAAACAUCCUUAGUGCUAUGAGAUACAGUAACCCAGAGAGAGCCGUAAGCAGUGGUCUGGGUGAGAGCGCUCUGUAUAAGUCCAGCCAGAAUAAGAAAGAACCAUUAUCUCAAGCUGAAGCGGAACGGCAGCAGAUCAUUCAGGACAUGAAGAAGAAGACUUCAUUGCUGACAGACAACAGCUGGAUCCGUGAAAGUGCAGUCGACAAUACAAACAAACAGCCAAACAGCCUUCCCAUGAGGAGAGGUGAGUCUCUGGACAACCUGGACAUGACGACAAACCGGCCUUCCUGGAGGUCAUCAUGGACUCCAGGCACCACUUCCUCCAUUCCAGACUAUAGCCGUCCUUAUUCAUCUCUUACUGAUUCUUCAAUCCAAAGUGGACGUCCAGGUGCUGCCACAGUGCCUUCAUAUCAAUCUCUGAGCUCCCAUAGGCCAUCAUUGCCCAAUUCCACAUCCAGCACUCGCACAAAUCCUGAGAAUCAGCCAUCCUCACAAAACAGGUCAGUCAGUGGCAAGAAAAUGUGUACUAACUGUGAUAUGCCACUGGGCAAAGGAGCAGCAAUGAUCAUCGAGUCCUUGGGGCUCUGUUAUCAUUUACAAUGCUUUAAGUGCAUUCAAUGCAAAAAAGAUCUUGGCGGCAAAGAAAGUGGUGCUGAAGUCAGGAUACGAAACAAACAGCUCUUCUGUAACUCCUGCUAUAUCCAAGUCAAAACAGGGCAGCCCACUUCCAUGUGACCUCACUGGAUUAUUGCAGAUUGAGGAAGAACCUGGCCCAGAUACAUAACCAUGAACACUAUAACUAGAGCUAUGCAUGAGGACAACACUAUGGGAUGACGGUCAAAAUUACACAAUAAACAUCUGUGAUUCCUUUUUUACCUAAUAGAGGGGGAGAGGUAAAGUUAUACGUUUCCGUAAAAGUAUUACUGACUAUGCUCGCACAAAGUACAAUUGGCAUGCAUUCACUUAGAAGCUAGUAAUCUAUUUGAAAUUAUUAUCAUUGUGUUCUUCAUAAAUGAAAGCUCUGGAUGAUUUGUCAUGAGAGACAUAUGUCAUGAAGGUCUGUUUUGUAGUAAUUUUUGGAGUGUUAGAAUCUGCUGGUUUUCUCAUUGCUUUUCAAGUCUAUCUUCAUCAGAUGUCUGCAUGUUACGGUGUGUCGCAAAAUCCUGUUAUCUAUUAAUCAUAUAUUUGUGAUGGGGAAAGACUAUUUAGAAUACAUUUAUCAAGAAUAUAUUUAAAAGUGGCAUGGUUUGUAGGAAGAGUUUUAUGGAAUCCAUUUAAGACAUUGAAGUGAGAUUUCCCACAAAGUAAAAAUCUUAUACAUACAAAAGGAAUUGUAUUCACCAAUAUUUGUAAAUAAAGUGACCAAAUCAAAAUGUAUGGCUUAGUAUAAAUCAUUUAAUUGAUCCCCAGCUUAGUACCACAUACUAUUAUGAGCUUCUGAGAUGUUUAUUUAUAUAUUUUACUUCUUAUUGUGUUGUUGUGUCUACUGUAUGCUGUGUGUAUCUAAAGAGUUCUACACUUCUCAGCACAAUGGGUUAUGUGUGCAGAUUAAACAUGGUAUGGACUACAUUUGAUUAACUUA